AUGUUCGCCGCCGUGUUCCGUUCCGCCGUCGCUGCGCCGCGACCACUCGCCCUCCGGAGUGCCAUCGCUCCGCUCGCGCUCCGCGCCUACUCGACACCGGCCGGUACGCCGCCGCCGACAUCCGAGUCCUCGACCCCUUCCCCGUCCACCUCGCAGGCUGCUCCGUCGCAGCCGAGUGCCUCUGGAAGCGGACGCCCCCUGAUCGAUCUCUCUGGCGCUCGUAAGCGCUUCUCGCCCAACGAGGACCCGGACGCGUGGUGGCGCGCCGAGAGCGCCGCGCGCCGCUUCGGCGUCCCCGGAAACCAGUACACCGGCCGUAGCCACAAGGUCGUUGGCGGGUUCAUGCGGACGUUCAGUCGUAUGCAGACGAACCUGAACCUCACUGGCUUCAAGAAGGAGGCCAAGCGCCAGAAGUACCACGAGCGGCCGUCCGAGAUCAAGCGUCGCCGCAAGUCUGAGCGUAUCCGCAGGCGGUUCCAGACCGUCAUCCGCGAGAAGGUCCAGCUCGUCCAGAUGCUGCGUUCACGCAAGUAA